UCGGAUUCGAACAACGAGGAGUCAUAGUCUGCUGUCCCUUGGAGCACGGAUGCGAUCGAUGAUCUGCGUGACCAUUUCUUCAGUCCCUGAGAACGAUUGGCCACUGGCACCACUGCAAGAAACUCUGAAAGCACUUUCAGCAGCAAAGAGAGCAUCUGUCGUCCUUAAGGAAGCCAAUACCAACUCCGCCGUGGUCCCAGCAAACACAGAGUCGGUCCCCCCUUCAUCAUUCGUCCCCUAUCGCUCAAAGCGACUCAAGCAGGCGACGUUCCAGCCUGAAUCUGACGAAGAGUCGGACGGAUGUGCAGAGCCUAAAUCCAAGAGCGAUCGGCCAUC